AUGUCAGGCAGACGUCUGCUGGACACCGUCCAGUUCCUCAAUGUCUCCAAGACCAUCGCUCUGAAACAUCUAGGUAUUCGCCAACGCCAACUCGAUGUCUAUACGCGAACUUCCUCCCUUACCAAGGGCAUCAAGGCCCAAACGGAUGGGUUGAUCUUGACCGCACAAGCCGCGGCCGCUUUAGCUCGUCGGUUCGACGACUCGCCACCGACCCCAUCUCCCUCUCCCUCUGCUCCUUCGCCGGGCACCGCAUCCCCCGAAGCUUCGGCCAACUCCUCCCCCAGCCCCCAUUCUUCCACUGCAACCUCAACCUCAACCCCUGAGAAUACCGGUGCAGCCACUCGAGCCUUGCAGCCUGAGGCUGAAGCUCAAUUUCAGAUCCCGGCUUCUGCCGCCCAAUAUACUGGCAACGAGACACGGACACCUGGCAGCCUGAACGUCAGCCAACAACAAGAUGUCUUUUACGAACCUUCGCGGCAGACCUCGCAGACUGAUUCCGAUCUAUCCGGACUCCCCCGAGUAAAGCUGCCCAAGGCAUCUGGCACGGUCCAAGUCCAAGCUAGUGUCGGCGAAGGGCUGAAUGCCGAUGUGUUUCAUUCCGCCGAGCGCCCGGAAAAGUCGGCAUCGGCAUCGGCGGAGGUGGAGUCACACCAGAGUGAGAUCCCGGAUGGAAUGAUCGAAGGUCUAUUCCAUAGCCCGAGGGUCUCACGUAUGCUAGCGGGCAAGCCGAAGCCGAAACGAGAUUGGAUUCCUGCUGCGAAGCCUAAUACGCCAAAGAAAACGACAACUGCCGAGGCCGAGAUCCUGAGCCAGGGCCAGGGCCUCGAGGCCCAUGAGAUCCCGGAAUUAUUGCAGGAAUUGGACGCUGCUGGAUAUCGCACUGCAACUACUGAACCCGUCACCGUCGUACCGGAUGCCGCAUCCACAUCCACACCCACACCCACACCCACACCCACUCAGGUCCCCACUGCCGAGGGGCUGGGGGAGGCGAUCGGAGAGAAGGUUCAGGCCGUCCCUUAUCAGAUGAUGGAGUCUCGCGUGCCAUCCUCUCGAUUUGCUCGAAUGUGGCAGUAUGGUGGGCUAGCGACCUCAAUGGCAUUUGGCGCCGUCGGCGAGACCCUCCGCCGAGCAACAGGCAGCCAAGACAACGGUUCCUCAAUCAUGUUCAGUGCGGGGAACACAGAACGAAUGGUCGCCAAGCUAUCCAAAAUGCGCGGCGCAGCUCUAAAACUUGGCCAAAUGCUCAGUAUCCAAGACUCAAACAUGCUCCCCGAGCCCAUCCAGCAGGUCCUUCAGCGCGUUCAAGACCGCGCAGACUACAUGCCCGCAUCCCAGCGUGACAAAGUAUUGGCUGAUAACUUGGGCCCGAACUGGCGAGACCUCUUCUCCUCUUUCAACGAGAUCCCCAUGGCCGCCGCAUCAAUCGGCCAAGUUCACUCCGCCGUCCUCAAAUCCACCGGCAAACCCGUCGCCGUAAAAGUCCAGUACCCCGGCGUCGCCGACUCGAUCGACUCAGACCUCAAUAACCUCUCAAUCCUGCUGACAGCCUCCCGCCUCCUCCCCCGCGGCCUGUACCUGGACAAGACAAUCGCCAACGCCCGCACAGAACUCGCAUGGGAAUGUGAUUAUAUCCGCGAAGCCGAGGCCGCCACUCGCUUCCGCAGCCUCCUCGCCAACGACCCCGUCUUCGUCGUACCGGAGAUCUUCCCCGAAGCCUCGGGCAAACAAGUCCUAACAAUGGAAAUGCUGGACGGAGUAGCUGUAACCAAGAUCCAAGAUUUCACCCAAGAUCAACGAGACUGGAUAGGCACCCAACUCAUGCGCCUAUGUCUACGCGAAAUUGCGGAAUUCCGCUAUAUGCAAACUGAUCCCAAUUGGACGAAUUUCCUCUACAACGCGCAAACAAAUCGACUCGAAUUACUCGACUUUGGCGCCAGUCGCGAAUAUCCGGCCGAAUUCAUAAGUACUUAUGUGCGUACGCUUAUUGCUGCGUCCAAGAAUGAUCGCGUCUCUUGUAAGAGGCUUAGUACUGAGAUGGGAUAUCUUACGGGCUAUGAGUCGGAGGUCAUGGCCGAUGCGCAUGUUUCUUCGCUUGUGAUUAUUGCCGAGCCGUUUAUGGAGAGUUCGGGGGAUGUUUAUGAUUUCAGGGAUCAGACUAUUACUGAUCGGGUUAGGGCUUUGAUCCCUAUUAUGCUCCGGGAACGGCUUAGUCCGCCUCCUGAGGAGACUUAUAGUUUGCAUCGGAAGUUGAGUGGGGCUUUCUUGCUUUGUGCUAGACUUGGGAGUCGGGUUCCUUGUAAGGAGUUGUUUAGGGAGAUUGUUAAGAAGGCGGAGGUGGAUGGAUUGGAUGGGAAGAAGUGA